GUUUAUACCGUGUCAGUGGGUGUGAUCCUCGAGGAGGAAGCGUCACCGAACAAUAUAACAAAGUUUUACGGGCCACCACUGCGGCCUGUUUAGUACCGCGUUGGACGAAAUUUAACGUCAACUAGGAUGGCAGACAGAACUGUGGAUGGUGGAUCAUGGACAGGAUGUACGGUUUUGUUUCUUCAGUCACUCAAUCCUGGUGUGAACCUACUCUCUCUCUUCAAAGACCGGGAUCAAGGAAAGUUCAUUGUCUUUAAAGUCAUCAAACUGACACUUAUCGACUCUGUGGGAGGGCUAGGUGGUUAUGAGAUACUGAAGGUCCAUGACGCUGACCCCCUCCUGGGGGUUGAGGUGAAGUUUGUGGAUGAGUCAGCAUGUCAGCAGUUCCUCGAGAGCUACAGCUCUGGAGCGGUGCGACAGUCCCUCUCCCAGCAUGCCUCCAGGCUUCUCGCUCUUUCACAAGAGCUCCCCGUGGAAACCCAGCUGAAGGCCAGCGAACACAUUCUGGAUCUGUAUCUGGACAAGCUGGAGCUUUGCCUAAAGCACAUCCACCUGUCACAGCCGGAGCGUCUGCGUGAUGAGGAGAUUGAUCACCUGGAGCAGCAGCUGCAGAAUCAGGCCCUAGGUCCAGCACCUCAGACCAACCCCAUCACACAGGACGAGUGUGUUGUCCCCAGCAACUGCUUUAAGUUUCAGAAUAGAGUGUUUGAGGACCGUAUGCUGACAGCGUCAGAUGUUCAGAGCUUCUCUAACGGAGUGGGCCGUCAGUGGAAAUAUGUAGGGAGGGCUCUGGGGAAGAGCUGCAGGGCUCUGAAGGCUCCGGCCAUUGACAACUUGGCCUAUGAGUACGAGAGAGAAGGCUUGUAUGAGCAAGCCUAUCAACUGCUCAACCGCUUCAUCGAGGCGGAGGGCAGAGCAGCCAAGCUUAGCCGGCUGGUGAAAGCACUGGAGGACUGCAAACUCACCAACCUGGCUGAGAACAUUUUGGACAUCCAGGCCUGAGAGUGACUCUGUUUGCUUUUGAUCUGUGUGAAAACUGAGAGGAAGAGGCCCCACCUCUCCACUCGCUACAGUUCACUGUCCCGUCUGCUUUAAUGUACAGUAUGUUUGUUGCUGAUUGACCUCUAUCAUCCUCAAAUCAUUCCUGAAUGUGUUUGUGUGACUUUAUGUGUUUGUGUGAGAGAGGGCAUGGUCCAGACAGAGAACUGAUUUAUAUUCUUCAUUGGCUUUUCAAUUAUUAGUUUUAUUGUUUAAAUUUAGAUGAAAUGAUCCGUCACUGUCAUGAAAAUGCUGUCUUGAGUUGAAUGCACUGUUUAACCAGUUUUCAUCAUGUACCUCCUUUUUAUUUCUGCUUUAUAAGUCCAUUUACACAUGGAGCCUGUUGAGUAUGGUUGCUAAUGAGCACACAACUGAAGGUUAUUGAUUUUUUUUUUCUACAAAAUGGGUUUAUACAAAUUAAAUGGUUUGAAAAAAGUCUUCAUGUUUGUGUUUGAUGCAUUAGUGUAAUUAAAACUGAAAACAUAAUUUUUCAAAAUUCCCUCAGGUAUAAUUUAGCACUAAUCCUCCCUCUCUCCCUCCCAGCACUCCCUGUCACUCACGUACACGUGCACUCGCUCAUAUGAUUAA